UAUUAAUCAAUUAAUUGCAAAGAGAGAGAGAUUGAACUUUGAAGAGAGGCGAAAAAAACCCAGAAAGCCCCCCCAAAAAAAUAAAAAAGAAUGGCGAAUCAGAAUUAUGAUCUUGCCGCCUAUCUCACUUGCUUCCUUCUAUUCCUCGGAUUCGCUCAUUGCAACGACGACCUCUCUUCUGAAUCAUCUGAGGCUAGCUCAGGGAAAGCAGGAGGUGGUCGAAACCUUCUCCAAGAUUCAUUCGGUGAACGUUACAGGGGACCCGUGAAAGGCUAUUCACCGUGCAACAUAUCGUUCGACACGAUGGACUACACGGUGUUCAGGAAAGGGUGCGGAGUGAUGAGGACGCCGGACGAGCACGUGCCGCGGAAGACGUGCUGCGCGGCGUUCAUACUGUUCGUGUGCCCGGUGAGGGAGUACAUCAGCGACGAGCACUCGUUGUGCAUGAGCGACAUGGUGAUGAACAUCAAAAUGCGGUGCGGGCUGGAGUCGACCUACUUCUACAACUUCUGCCAAACGAGCGUCGAGAAUCGCAUCGAUUGCGAGCCGAUCGAUGAGAUCCGUCGCCGGAACGGGAAGAACCCGUUCUACGUUCCUCCUCCUGGCGCCGCGCGCGGCGACCACGGCACCUUUCCGGACCCCGAACUCCUCGACGAGACAGCCCAGUCGCUGGCCUCGCCGCCGCCGCCGGAGAACAGCGCCCCGUAGGUCCCAAAAAAAAAGCAGAGCACAUCAUGAGUGUAAUUUUAAAUUUUUACAAUGAAUUAAUUAUGGAUUUGGGAACCACGAAGAAUUAAUUACUGUUAGUGUUUUUCUUUUCAAUUCGAUUCAUUUCCCCACAGAGUAAUUAUAAUUUGUGGAACCAAGAAACGGACCGUAUUAUAUUCGAUUUUUGGUGGGAAUCUGAUGUAAGUAUAGCUAGACUCAGCGUGAGCGAGCUAGCCUCGACGCGGCAGCACGGUAGCACGAGGAGUACUGUAUCCGUCAUCACCGCAGGCGCAGGUACCCCCGACCGCGCCCGCGCCCCCCACGUUGACUAGGUAUGGGGGCGGGUAUAGGUAAAACUCCGUAAAUUAUUUGACGGGUAUGGAGCGGCGGCGGGUAUAUGGUUUUAGGCUUCUCGUCCCAUACUCAUACCCGGCCUAACAAGAGUAUUUAUUCACAUAUAAAAAAAAAUACAUUGAUCAAAUUGUAACCUAUCGAUGAUAGUGAAAGUAACUCAACAAAAUAAUUCGGUCAUUAUUUUUACAUGGCUAAUCAUAGUCAAUAAUGAAAAAUAUUUUGAUGUUAUUUUUUUUAAUCCGGAUAUUAGAAUUAUUAUUAUUAUUAAUAAAAGUAGAUCUAUUUCUACAUAGUUAAUCGUAAUCAAUCAUGACAAACAUUUGUAUGUAAUUUAUUUAAUUUGAAUGUAAAAAAAUUAUCUAAUUUUAUUAUUUUCACUAAUAAAAAUAGAUCAUACACCAAAUGUAAAUAAAAAGUACACUUAGCAACUUAAUUAAAAAGAAACACACUAUCUUUAUAGGAAAGAAUGAAGCGUUGAGAAGUGGUUAAGAUUGCUGUAAAAAAAGAGAAGUGGGUAAGAAUAAAAUGAAAUAGGAAAGACUAACUAUUGAAAAAAUGACCAUUGGUGAUAAUUGACGGUUGGAACUUUUAAUUCCAGCACCCAACAUGCAAAAUAUAUAUAUAAUAAAAAAAGAGAGGAAAUGAGACGAAAAAGGGAGGAUCUAGUUAGUAUUCUACUAGUUAAUAACUAUCAUAAUCCAAUUCCCAGUCACCACAUCAUCAUCUCACGUCACUUAUGGAAGUCUUUUACUUUUUUUUCUAUAAUAUUAAACGAACGAUUUUACUCUUGUUUUAAGUUGUAUUUUUUAUCUGCAUAGAUAAAUUAGAUUAAUUGUGCUCUUCAAAAUGAUAUCUACUUUGAUAUAUUUUUGGAACAAAAAAAUCGAGACAUUUAUUACCUGUCUAUACCAUGGGGGUAUUGUAUUACUGAAACUAUAGUCCGUUUAACUGUGAUUCAACCGUAUCAUAUCACUAAAUAUCACCUACCGGUUUAAACUCCAAUAGAAAAUAUCGUGCUAU